AUGGAUGAAGACCGUUCAAACUCUGAAGAUUUUGAUGAUGAUUACGAAUAUGACUUUAUUCCUAUGACACCAUCAUUUCAAAUAACAUCCGCCAUUUUACUUGCGAUUCUUAUUAUAUUUGCUAUAAGCGGAAAUACUAUAACAAUUCUCGCUUACAUCAUGGAUAAAAGACUUCAUACAGUCUACGACUUUUUUAUAUUCAAUUUAGCGGUCACAGACCUUUUAAUAGGAUGCAUAAGCAUGCCGUUUUAUGCAAUUUAUACAAUCAGAGAAUUCGUGUGGGACUUUGGUGAUACCUUUUGUAAAGUUUGGAAUGUAAUAGAUUUCACCCUAUGUUUAGAAUCGAUCUUACUGAUUUUAAUGCUUAGUUUUGAUAGACUGUGUCUUGUUAAAUAUGGACCAUUUUAUUCCUCGAAGGUGACCAAGUUUAAGGCGAGGUUGAUUGUCUUUAUUUCUUGGUUAACAUCGUUCAUGUUGUAUGGUCCUGCUAUCAUAGGCUGGAACUAUUGGGCCGGUUAUACAACUGUGGAACCACUGGACUGUGACGUAGAAUUUGCAUACAAUUUUGCAUUCACAACGACGACAGGAAUAAUUGAGUUUGUUAUUCCAGUUGGUGGUCUAGCGAUUUUGAAUAUUUUCAUUUACCAACAUAUUAGGAGCAGAGUUGGUCAAGAACACAAAUCAAAAAGCAACAUUGUUCAUUCCUCUACAGCUGCAAGGGAUGAUAGCAACAUAGUAAGAGCAGUUGCCGUUCAAACAACCUUGCCUCAAAUAGUAAAGAAUGGAGUGACCAGAAACUUGGAUUUUAGUUCGAGCCUUAAUCAAAACAAUAAAACAAAACAGUAUAGAAUUGAAAAUGGUGUAAAUGAAACUUUCACAAAAAUGGAUUAUCCUCAUAACAGAGCACCAAAAGCUCAAUGCGAAAAUGAUUUAAAGGUCUUAGAUUAUAAAGUAAACGCCCAGUCAUCACUGGAAAAACAAAAAGGAGAACGAAUAUUUGUAAAUGCAAACGGCGGACCAGAUAAUAUUUACACGACCAACCACGCACAUGGCACAAAGACUGUGGGUGUAUCUGAAAAAGAAAACAAACAUGAAAAUGAAACCAAUCAUAUGAAUCAAGUAGGCUAUGAUAAUGUGCAAAGAAAAUUGAAGAGUGUUAAUAGAAGUACAGAAAACUCUACACAUUCGUCGGAUGAAAUAUUUACUGUUGAAAGAACACACAACAAAAUUAAAUUUGCUACCAUUCCUGAGCGUUGUUCCGUCUUUAAUAUUUCGGUGACCUUCAAGGAACGUUCCAGUCGAAAGUCAAGAAAUAAGUUCGAACAUCCGCGAAUAAAGCGCGAGUCAAAGGCUGCAAGAUUUCUGGCCAUUUUGGUCAUAGUUUUUCUUGCAUGCUGGGCUCCGUAUACAAUAACAACAAUCAUUAUGUCCUUUUGCGGAGACGAAUGUGUUAACACAAGUGCAUAUGAAUGUAUGAACUGGUUGCUGUGGUCAAAAUCGGCGAUAAAUCCUUUACUGUAUGCAAUGAAUAGUUCCAGGUACAGAUACAACUUUAAGAAAUACAUGAUCUGCUGGAAGAACCAAGUCUAUCCAAAUGAUACAGAAACAACGUGCCAAACAGCGGGAUAA